AUGGAGCAUGUUAACAUCACUAUGGGCUUCAGCAACAAUUCUGCUCAAGAUCUUAUGUUCUUGGAGGAUAUGGAGGGUGAUGGUGAUGGUGAUGAUGGUAAUGAGGAUUCAGUCAUUGAAGAACACUCCAACCCUGCUCAAGCAAGUAAGUGGACAACGAUAAUGAUGAACAUGGAAGUCAUCAAUAAUGAUUCUGAUGAGGCUCCACCCACCAAGCACAUCAAAACAGAAACCAGACUGAAGCCUGAAAAGGGCACCAGAGAAGUCAUGAAGGUCAAGCAUGCUCUUCAUCUUCUGUCAACCAAACAGAUGAGCUUUGAGGUCAAGUCCACCAUUGCCAAGGGCAAGAAGAAGGCAACACAAAAGGGCAAGGCUUCAGCUGCCAACAGGGAACAGUGGACUGCUGUGAUCAGCAAGAACAAGACUUUUUCAGAGCCACUGUGGGGAUACAACAUCUCAAUGUUUUUGCAGGCAAUCAAUCACAUUCCCUCCAGCAAUAUGAAAACCAUCAUCAAACAGGUGCAACAAUACAUGAAACCCACCACCACCCAUGAUGGAUGGUCAAAGAGGGCAGAACGUCAGAACGGGGGUCCUCCGAAGGAGGACCAACGGACUACUAGGUGA